AUGCAGGCCCCCCCUGAAGAUGCAUUUUUGUAUAUAUCGCCAAUUGGAUAUAGAAGUUCAUCUAGCUGCGGCUACUGCCGUCGUAAGGGCCACUCCUAUUUUGCACGUGCAACAUCUAUGAGCCCUGCCAACUAUCAGACUCUGGUCGACCGGUGUUGGAGACGAUCCGGGGCGCUACUCUACAGGCCAAAUCAACGAGAUGCUUGUUGUCCGCAUUAUUCUAUUCGCCUUGAUUCCGUUCGUUUUCGGGCGACGAGAGAUCAACGGCAAGCUGUCAACCGCUUCAACAAGUACGUCGUAGGAGAUGCCUACUCAAAGGAAGCAGCUCGCUUACAUCCGAGGUCGCGCGAGCAGGCUCGGAAGCGAGAUACCGAGUUUGACUUGGUGGAGAGGAUCCAUGAAUGUGAGAGCCUAUUGCUGGAACGGCCACCCGAGCCGGCUCACACCUUUUCCGUUACGCUAGAGCCUGAUGAUUUCACCGAGGAGAAAUUUCUGGUUUAUGAAAACUAUCAACAGAUCGUUCACCAAGAACCCCCAUCAUCUAUCUCUCGCGAUGGUUUUAAGAGAUUUCUCUGCACUUCGCCGUUGAGGCGCGGGAAAUAUACAGCGCCAGACGGACGAGAACGUCAAGUCGGUUCAUUUCAUCAGUGCUACAGGCUCGACGGUAAGUUAGUAGCGAUAGGCGUCCUAGACCUCCUUCCAGACUGUGUUAGCGGUGUCUAUUUUUUAUAUCAUGAGUCUAUUCAUAGGUUUAGUCCUGGGAAGCUUGGGGCUUUACGGGAGAUUGCCCUCGCAAUAGAAGAAGGUUAUCGAUGGUGGUAUCCUGGCUUUUAUAUCCAUACAUGCCCGAAGAUGAAAUACAAGAUCGACUUCUCCCCGCAACAAAUCCUCAAUCCAGACACGUUAGAAUGGGUAGACCUUGAACAGAGUGUCCUCAAAAAGUUUGACAGUCACGGGUACUUGGACUUCGAAAGAUCCGAGAAUGAUGCUGAAAAGCAUACCCAAGCUACAGAGGUCACUCUACCGAUGGAAAUCGAAGAAGAUGGAGGCGAAAUACUACACGAGGACGACGAUGAAGAUGAAGAUGAUGAAGAAUACCCCCUCUUCAGUAGUAAUAUGCCAGGUAUCCCAUCAGUGGAUGAAAUGAACUCGAUAAACUUGGAUCAUAUUGCAGUACGCCUUAGGCGAGGGUAUUGCUAUGCUGGUGAUCUAUUCGAGUGGCACAACGAAAGUAUCGACAAAAAGGGAUCGGCGAAAGCAAUGGUUGCGGAAUUAGUAGCAGCGGUCGGUCCGGACUACAUACAAGAUUUGUGCUUGGACUUUCGAAGAUCCUAA